AUGUCGUCGGUCAAAGUCGCCGUCCGAGUACGGCCCUUCAACAACAGGGAAAAGGAGUUUGGAGCCAAAACUGUCAUCUCUAUGGCUGGAAACACGACUAGUAAGUGCUGUUUGAUUAUUUUUUACAUUUUUAUAAUAUAACAUAAGUAAAGGAAUGGCAAAAUUGACCAAUACUGCCAUAAAGAAGCUUAAUUUAAAAAAAGUCAAGGGCCGAACAGAGUUUUUUAGGCAUAAAAAUUUUAGCAAUUUAGGUAUAAAUGUCUAACUUUUUUAAACCAUUGAUCAUACCCUGUUUUACAUUACUUUAAAGUUAGACCAUGUUACGUUAAGGCAUCAAUAAGUUAUGGCAUGUUAAACUAGCGAAUCAUAAAACAUUUGAUGAUUUAUGGGCAACGUGACGUUUUUAGUCAUAAUACAAGAUAGAAUGAACAAAUACGUUUCAAAUUACAUACAUAUGUUAAAAAUACUAUAUAGUAUUACUGUGUAAAAUUUCAGAAGUUUACUGUAUUUCGUUUUUGAGUUGUGACUUAUCAAACUUAAAAUUUUGAAAACUAAACCUAUAUGCAUAUAGCAUUUGACCUUUUUAGCCAUACCUUUUCCAAAAACUAAAAUAUAAUCCCAAUUUUUUAAAAGUAAGAUUCCAACAUUGCAGUAACCCAUAAUUUCACAUUUUCAGCCAUCAGUGGCGGACCAGGCAACCAAGCCCACAACUUCAACUACGACUACUCAUACUGGUCGAUGAACAAACAAGAUGCCAAUUUCACGAGUCAAACCAAAGUCUACGAAGAGCUGGGUGUGGAAAUGUUGGAACACGCUUUCCAAGGCUACAAUGUCUGUAUAUUUGCGUAUGGCCAAACUGGAUCGGGCAAAUCGUACACGAUGAUGGGUAAACCGAACGAUCCGGACGAAAUGGGUAUUAUUCCACGGCUGUGCCGUGAUUUGUAUAAUCGUAUUGAUCAAACUAGUGAUCACAACAUGCACUAUUCAGUUGAGGUGAGAUUUUGCGAGAAUUAUACAGGAAAUCUGUCAAAAAUUUAUUGAGAAUUGAUGAAGACGCGAGUUUUUAUAUUGUAGUAGGUAGAGAAAUAUAAAUUAGUCUCUAAAACUAAAUUUUGGUAGAAAAACAAGUUGAUUUACAUAAAACAAGGUCUAAUAAAGUUCAUUGAUAACAAAAAUUAUUUAAAAUAUUCUAAAAAUCUUUUGAAAGUUAAAAACAUUACAUUUUUUGCUAUUUUGGCGUUAUGUUUCAAGUAAAUCUUCGAAAAUCGCAAUUUUUCGUCGAAAAAUCUAAAAAUUUGAUAAAUCUAGUAUAAUAUAAUGAAUUUUCUAACGAUUCUGGACAUAUCAGAUCUAUUUUUGAGCUAUUUUGUUCAGGAAAUAACCUAUUUUUGUUUAUACCAAUAGCAACAUCUAGUAUAAUAUCGAAAACCCAAAAAUGUGAGUGGUCUUUGAAGGAAAAACAGUCUAGAAACGAUUUUAAGUUAUAGAUUCUAUUAUUUGCUUUCUUUUUUAUCUAAAAAUGGAUGGUAAAAUACGAUAGGUUCAUCUAUUUAGACCUACUUUUUAGCAAGUAUAAUAUAAAAAUCCAUUUUUCGGAAAGGCAAAUUAAAUAAACUAAAAUUUGUUACCUAAAAUAUUUUCAGGUGUCUUACAUGGAGAUUUAUUGUGAAAAAGUUCGAGAUUUGUUGAGCCCAAAGCCCACAGACAACCUUCGAGUCCGUGAACAUCCAGCUCUCGGGCCCUAUGUGGACAAUUUGGAAAAGAUGGCGGUCCAAUCGUACGAAGACAUUUUCGACCUCAUGGAUGCUGGAAACAAGGCAAGAACAGUCGCGGCUACGAACAUGAACUCAACUUCUUCACGAUCUCACGCCGUAUUCACGAUAGUGUUGACUCAGAAGUUCCACGACGACGUGACGAACCUGGAUGCGGAGAAGGUAUCUAAAAUAUCGCUGGUGGACUUGGCCGGAAGUGAAAGAGCCAAUUCGACUGGUGCUGAAGGUCAACGAUUGAAGGAGGGAGCCAACAUCAAUAAGAGUUUGACAACUUUGGGCUUGGUCAUCUCGAAAUUGGCCGAUGAAGCCGGGAGGAAGAAGGGCAAAGGCGGCCGAAGUGUUGUGCCAUACAGAGACUCGGUGUUGACAUGGUUGUUGAGGGAGAAUCUUGGUGGAAACAGUAAAACGGCAAUGAUUGCUGCCUUGAGUCCGGCUGACAUCAACUUUGACGAAACUUUGAGCACAUUGCGGUAAGAAUGGCAGGAGAGAUUAACUCUUUCUUGAAAUAUAGAUGGCUAGAGAUUUGAUGUAUCUAAAUCAAUUUUUGAUGAAAUAACCUGAUUUUUUUCUCGUUUUGUAGCUAAAAGUAUGUUUUACGUUGUGUAUUAAUAUCUUUUUGAUUAAUCUGCGUUUACAAGAGAUAUAAGGAUAUUACACUAGGUCAUCAACAGUAUUUUGAUGAAUAAUAUAAAAUUUGCCACACUUUUUGGUUGUUAUAUUAUAUUGAAUUAUUUUGAUUCUCAAGAUAAAUAUAUGUCUUGUUUCUUUGUAAAAUACGUCUGAUUGCCGAGCAGUUAAAAGAUUCUUAUCCAUAAUCAUGUUUUAGUUACGCCGAUCGAGCCAAACAAAUCGUCUGCCGAGCCAAAGUUAACGAAGAUCCUAAUGCCAAACUUAUUCGUGAACUCAAGGAAGAAGUCUAUCGUCUCAAAUCCAUUCUUGUUCAACGUGGGAUCGAAGUCAAUGAACAAGGCGCGGUAUCAGCCAAUCCACGAGCAUUAUACUCAGAGGAAGAUACGAUUGAACAGCUGAAAACGAGCGAAAAAUUGAUAGCACAGUUGAAUGAACCGUGGGAAGCGAAGUUGCGGAAGACGGAAGGAUUUAAGAAAAUGCGUGAAGAAGAGCUACGAGAGAUGGGCUUGGCUACAUCGGCCGAUGGAAGCGCUUUGGGUGUGUUUUCACCGAAGAAAUCGCCACAUUUGGUGAAUCUAAAUGAAGAUCCGUUAAUGUCCGAAUGCUUGUUGUACUACCUGAAAGAUGGAGUUACAAAGUAAGUUUUUAGAAGCUUAGUACCUUGUUCAGCUUUUAGGAUACUUAAAAAUUGAAUCGGCAAAGAAAAGGCUGUAAAAAUUGAGGAAAAGGAAGUCCACGUCUAUAGAAAGGCAUGGAUAAUAUAAAAUGGAUGUUUUUGAAAGACCCAUUGAAAUUUUUAGCCAAAUUAUUAUUGGAAUAGAAUAAUUAUGGACAGUAUAAAAUUAUGAGCACAAAAAACAUGUUCAAAACCAAAAACUUAGCUAAAAAAACUGAAAAUAUUGUCAACAUCUAUAGCUGAACAUGGAUAAAAUAAUAUUGAUGUUUCUGAAAUGAUCAAUGUGGCUUCGAACCAAAUGUCUAUAGAAAUAAAAUAACGAUAGACAAUACUACAUUAUGAACACAAAAACACUUAUUUAGAACGACAAAAUGAUAAGGAAAUCAUAAAAAGUUCGAGGUAUACCUUAAUAUAGGGAUUGGUAAUAUAAAACGCCUAUUUUAUGAAAUUUACUAAUUAUUUUGACAGUGCUGGCAUGAACAUACGGAAACAAGACCAUUUUUUGUAAAAUACGAAUCUUUUUCUUUUCGAAAAAGCACGAAAAACUAUGGGCGCAGCUUGGAAACAAAGUUUUCGACGGUUGCGGGCUAUUUUUGAUCUCUAACUUACUUUAUUUUUUUAGUAUCUAAAUCGUAUCAAAAAAUUUAGUAUCUAAAUCGUAUCAAAUAUAACUGAACUUUAUCAAAAUAAAACAGUUAGGAACUUCUGCGUAUUUUACAAUAUUACUCUUGAUCUUUUUCUUCAGAACCGGACGUCCAGAAGCCGAUAUUCGACCAGACAUACCACUAUCAGGCGAAGAGAUCUGCGACAAACACUGUCAAUUCGUAAACGAUGAUGGUUGUGUCACAUUAGUACCAGAAAAGGGUGCCAAAUGCUUUGUGAAUGGACAACAAGUUGACACUCCGAUCAAGUUAUCGACCGGUUCUCGCGUAAUUCUUGGUCGAUACCACGUCUUCCGCUACAAUGAUCCAAUGGAAGCCAGACAAAGUCGAUAUAACCUAGCUGGAGCUGCGUCAAAGGAGCAGCCGAUUGAUUGGAAGUAUGCUCAGAUGGAAUUGUACGAGAAGCAAGGUAUUGAUCUGAAGAAGGAGAUGGAGAGGAAGCUGUGUGAUAUGGAGCAACAGUUCAGGAAGGAGAUGGAGGAGAUGGAACGACAACAUAAGAGGAAGAACAAUGAGUAUGAGUCGAGGAUUGAGAGUUUGCAGAGACAGGUGGACCUGGCUCAAAGCAUGAUCAGUUCAGGUUGUUCGACUUGGGAUGGCGGAGGCGAAUUGAUAUUGACUAAGAGCUUGUUGGCUGAAGGUAGGGUGAUGUUUGGUGUGGGAGGGCAGAGUAUGGUAAGGUAGUCUAGGAUAAGGUAGAGUAGGGUAAGGUAGGGUUUGGUAGGGUAGUCUAGGAGCAGGUAGAAUAAAUUAGGGUAGGGUAUGGUAGCAUAGGGUAAGUUACAAUAGGGUAAGGUAGAGUACAUUACUAUAAUAUAAAAUACGAUUGUUUAAGCUACGGUACAGUAACGCAAAAUUUAAACUCAAAUUCUUCAGUAAACGAAGAACGCUGGACCCCAGACCAAGAGCGAAUCGUUCGCCGUGCCGCCCAGAAAUGGCGUUAUCACCAGUUCACUUCAGUUCGUGAUGACUUAUGGGGCAAUGCCAUAUUCCUGAAAGAAGCCAAUGCUAUUGCAGUUGAACUGAGAAAACGAGUACAAUUUCAAUUCUGUCUUCUUACUGACACAAUGUACUCACCAUUACCACCAGAGCUGCUGCCGCCAGGAGAAGACUUGACUCAAAGGCCUCAUGCCAAAACUGUUGUAGCGAUUCAAGUAAAAGAUCUGAAGAAUGGAGCUGUGCAUUAUUGGAGUCUGGAGAAGCUAAAGUAAGUGUGAAAUACGGUUUAGCGAUAUUAGCCAGGUUUAUGAGUGAUAAAACAAGCUUUUUUGAUCUUAUACAUGGUAUUUUUGAUGGUUGGGCAACUUUGAGCUAGUAUAACUUAGUUUUUUGAAAUUUUACUGACUGGUUAUGUUAAUGAAAAAGGUUUAUAAAAGAUGUAGCAAUGUAUAUAGAGUAAUCAGAAUAUGUGAAAGUAUAUGGAAUUUUGAUGGUGGAGCAACUUUGAGCCAGUAUAAUUUAAUUUUUUGAACUUAUAUUAGCUUUGUAUGCUACGUAAAGUAUUUAAAAGACAUGUAAAAAUGUAUAUCUAGUCAUUUCAAGCUAUAAAAAUUGAUUACCAGCCUGUUAAAAACUGUAGGACACAAAAAAUGAUGGAUAAUAUCGGAAAUUUUCGAAAAAAGUGAAAUUACAAAAAUUUUUAAGGCAUGUUUAGAUAAGAAAACAUGUUUAUUAGGUUACUAUGGAUGUAUUUAACUAUGUUGUAUUGUAAUAACUAUUUAAAUGUCCGUUUGCUUUUCCAUUUUUUGUCGUUUCCACCGCUUUAUCGCACCUUUUUAUGCUUGCUUCUCUUGUUUUAAUGGGGUUUUAGGUAAAAUACGGCGGGCAUUCAUAUGAUUUUUUAAGAAAAUUAAAUAUAGAGCAGUUUAAAGAUUUUAAAAAUUGUAAAAAAAGUUUUUGAAAUUUUGGAAAACGGCAGGAAAUUACUAUUUUUUGGUUAUCUUUGCUCUAUUUUUGAUGGUUAAUAUGAUAAAAAUAGCCAAAAAAAAGUUAAAAUAAAGAUUUUUUGAUUAAAAGUUUAAUUGAAUAGACAGCAAAAUGCCUAUCCUAUAAUAAACAUCAAUUUUCAUGCGGGUACUCACCUGAACAUACCAUAAUAUUCACUGUUUCCAGACAACGGCUGGAGGAUAUGCGCCGUCUCUACAACUCGGACAUUUCCGAAGCUGUCACGCCGGAAAAUCGUUUUGCUAACGUGAAUGAGAUGAUUGCAGCGAUGGUGGUGCAGCCAGAAGCCGUCGCCAAUCAGCUGUCGGUCGCAGAUCCUUCAAGGUAUACCUAUAUGGAGGUUGGAUGUCUAGGUUAAUAUAAAGCUUCAUAGCUUGGUCUGAGAGCUUCGGUCUUAAUUAAAUUUGGGUUUAAAAGGUAGAGUUUGAUGUCUAGAGUAAGAUAGAAGUUACUAUUGACAGAUCAAAGCUUGUUCCCACAUGAUAUUAAGAGUUAAGCAAACCCAACCUACCCUAAUAUGCACUCAGGUCGUGUUCGAAGUUAUAGUGAUAAAAUGCGAAUGUGUUGGUGUAAAAAGAUAUUGUCAUAUGAUUUACCACAAUAUUGUUGUACCACAAACACAGUAAGACGUCGUAUAUCACUUGUGGUUUUGAUUUGACACUACUUUUUUGAGGAUAUUACACUAGAUUUGAGUGGAAUCAGGCAGUUUUUGCACCAUUUAGGUCAUUUUUUCUGAAAAUUGAUGAGCUAAGUUAAUAUAAAACGGUUUUUCAUAACCUUGCUGUACUAUAAGCGCUAUAAAACAGUGUUUAUUAACUUUAGUUUUUUGUUAUAACUCACUUUGAAGUCUAUAUUACACUAGAUUUCACGUCCAAAAGGUCAUUUUUGAUAAAUUUAUGGCAUUCUUAAGUCAAAAUUUACGAACUUCUUGUAACAAAAUGAUAAAAAUGACAUUUCUAAACCUAUAUUUAACAAAACUUCAUUUUAGACAACGGCUACACGGCAUGCGUGACGCCUACAACGCAGGCACCGAGACCAUGGACAGUCCGGACGACGAUGUGUCGAUGGACGUGUGGAUGGGAACGGAUCCGUUUUAUGACAGAUUCCCAUGGUUUCGACUGGUCGGAAGGUAGGAUUUUGAUUUUGGGGUGGGUCGACAUGGGAGGGGGAUGUUUUAGGUAGGUAAAAUACGAAUUGGAUUUUGAUUGGAUUUUUUUGGUAAAAAAUGUUUUUAGUUAGGGUGGGGGGGGAAGGACAAAAAAAAUUUUCAGUUAUUUUUGGCUAUUUAAGGAACUUACUUUAAGUUUUAGUAAAAAAAUUUUUUUGGGCGGGGUAAUUUUUUUUUCGGAGGGAGGGGGGUAAAAAAAAUUUUCCUGUUAAAAUUGAUGUUAGGUUGAAAUCAAAAAUAGGUUUAUUUUUGUUGGUCUUUUACAGCCCCCGCCCUUAAAAAUAAAAAAAUUUACUCUGCUUAAAAAAAUUUUUCGAUAAACUGAAAGUAACUAGUAAAACGUCAAAGGAACUUAGCAUUUUUUAAAUUAUUUUUUUGCAGCUCCCCUCCCCUCCUUCUCCCUUCCCUCAAAAUUUACUCCGGUCUAUUUUUUUAAAGUUUUUUCUAAUUUUUGCCGCCGAUUUGUGAAAAUUUCAAAAAUUUUUAUAAAAAUUCAAAUUUCAACCGCCUGAUACCUCUAAUUUUCCGACGUCUUUACAGGGCCUUUGUCUACAUGUCCAACCUCCUACACAACGUACCACUCAUCCACAAAGUAGCGGUAGUGAACGAGAAUGGCGAUGUGAAAGGCUAUCUUCGAGUCUGUAUCGAGCCGGUCCUAAACGAUGAUAAAAAGCCGAAAACUGGAGUGAGACAGUCGGCUAGACUGAAUUUCCGGAAAGAAGACUUUGUCAAAGCAAAGCGACGUCAAAUCAGUGACAGUGUCAACCAGGACGAGUCGGCCAACUCCGAAACGGAUUCUGGAGUCGAGGAUUUGGAUGCGGAGUUCCCGAAACAUAUUGUCAAAGACACGGAAUUCAGCUUCAGGAUCACGGUGAUUGAGACGAUCGGAGUGCCAGCUCAUUACACUGAUGUGUUUUGUCAGUUCAAGUACGUUGGGGUGGGGUAGAGAACGGCGGGAGAGGGCUAGGGUGGGUUGUGAGUAGGGCAUGGUAGGGUAAGGCUAGGACAGGGCUUGGGAACGGUCAGAUAAUAAAAUGUAGGGUACGUUUAGGGCAAGACAGGGCUUGAGAAGGGUUUGGUCAGGCAGGGCAAGGUAGCGUACGGUAGUAUAGGAUUAGUGUGGGUAGGGUUGUACAGGGUAGGGUAAUAUUGUAGCUUAGGAUAUAAUAGUGUAUACUUAUGCUGUGGCAGGGGUAUGGUUAUGAGCCAAAAUAAGAUAGGGUUUGGGUACGGUAAGGGCAAGGAAUUUCUUUUUGCUUACGAUGGGCUAAAGUCACUUUAGAGAACUCGGACCGGCUUCCUGUAGGGUAAUGAUAUUGUAGGAAUUGGGUCGGUAGUAGGGGACUAUGGAGGUACUGUAGAUCAGGUUAGAAGAGUUGUUGGUACGUAAGGUAACAGAAGGGUGGUCUAGGGAAGGAAGUGUAGAGAAAAGUUAGGGUAGCGUAGGAUAGGGUGGGGUAGAGUGAGGUAGAGUAAGAUAGGGUAGUGUUGGGUAGGGUAUUGUAGGGUCGGGUAGGGUAGGGUGAGAUAGGAUAGUGUAGGGUAGCAUAGAGCAGAGUCGCGUAGAGUAUGUACAGUAAUCUUGAGUUAGCUAAGUUAAAGAUAUUACUUUUCAGCUUCCUCCACCGCCACGACGAAGCCUUCUCCACCGAGCCAGUUCAUCAAAAGCCGGUCAAAACCGCCGAUAAUGUUCUCAAGUUCGAUCACUUCCAAGAGCUACGAUGCACAGCCAACUCGGCCUUUGUCCAUUACCUACAACACUUCCCGGUCAUUUUCGAAAUCUUUGGCCAUUUGGACAAAGGAGCGACGGAAUUGGAAGACGAGUUUGAAAUCGACAGUCCUCAUGUGCCUUUAUCGUAGGUUUUGCUUUAAUUUUGUGAAAUUAAAAAAAAAGUGACAAGUUAUACGAUGAAACAUGUUUUGGUGAUGAAACACGUUUCAUCGUAUAAAAUAUCUCUAGCUUGAAAGUUUGCAAAAAUUUUUAAAUUUUUUGUAAAAGACGCCGUUUAUGACUUUCGCGGAUAAUAUAAUUAAAAGUUUUAGUAAGAAAGUGUCGUCAAAACUGACUUAUCAACAGCCAUCUCUAGCCAUUUCGACCCCAGUCAAGAGUAACCGCAAGCCCGGAGGCAAUGUUCAAGCAAGGCAAAUAUUUAAAAAAAAUUUUUUGGGUUUUAGGUAACAAAAUCAAAAAAAAAAGAGAUUUUAGGUAACAAUAAUGAAGUUUUUUUGAUUUUUUUGUUAACAAAAAAUUAAGAAAAUUACAUUUUAGGUAACAAAAGAGAAGUUUUUCAAUUUCUAGUCCUCAAAAAUAGAACUUUUUUGGUUUUUAGGUAACAAAAAUUAAAGUUUUAGGAAUUUUAGGGAAUAAAACAUAAUUAACAAAUUUCAAAAUUUGUUUUAAAAGUAAUUUUUAAGCUUAAACCAAGUCCGCCAAAAGCACGACCUUCUCGUUUGGUUCGAGAUCUGCGAACUCAACAACAAUGGUGAAUAUCUUCCAGCAGUAGUGGAUCACAACAGCUUCCCCACGCAUGGUAUCUUCCUUCUACAUCAAGGUAUUCAACGUCGCAUCAAGAUCACGAUAUGUCAGGAGAAGGGCGACCUGAAGUGGCGUGACUGUCAGGAGCUGGUGGUUGGUCGCAUUCGAACUCAGGUCGAGUGGUCAGGUGAAGACACGGAUGUGCUGUCGUUAGGCCUGUUUCCUGGUAAUUACCUCGAGUUCUCGAUGGAUGACAGAGUUUUCUUCCAAUUCGAAGCGGCUUGGGAUUCGUCGCUUCACAACUCACCGUUGUUAAAUAGAGUCUCGAACUAUGGUGAAUAUGUUUAUAUGACAUUGAGUGCGUACAUGGAAGUGGAGAAUAGUCCUCACCCGGCGGUGGUGACGAAAGAUCUUUGUAUGGUCAUUUAUGCUAGGGAUUCGAAGAUCUCGGCUGCUAGCAGGUAGGUAUAACGGGGUGGAGCAGAGUAUGGUACGUGAUUGGGAUGGGUAGGAUAGGGUAAGGGAGCGUAGGGUAGAGUAGGGUAGGGAAAUGUAAGGUAGUGCAAUGCUGAGUAGGGGUAGGGUCGGUUACGGUAGAAAAUUUAGACAUGAGAAACGGGCCGGGCCUGAAAAAUGAGCCGGGCCCGGCCCGUUUUCACGUAAAAAAAAUUUACGCCUGGCCCGGGCCUACCAUCAUGCCGGGCCGGGCUUGAGCAAAAUUUCGAUCGGGCCCGGCCCGUUUCUCAUGUCUAAAAAUUUGUAGCUCGAGGUUUAAUCUAGUCUUACUGUAGCUUUACAGUAGCUUUUUGGAGGCUUACUACAGCUUUUCAUUGCCAUAGUUAAAACAUACCAAACAAUACCUUACUCAACCUUAUCUUACCCUGUUCUAUCCUAUUUUACGUUACUGUACCCUACCCUACUGUAGUCUACCUUACCCUACUGUAUCCUUCUCUGCCGGCUUUAUCUUACCAUACUCUACUUUACUUUACUCUACCUACUUUUUUGUUGCUUUGUCUUACAUUAUUCUACUUUAAUCUAUCUUACCGUAUCAUAUCUUACUCUGCCUUGCCCUACAUUACUCUGUGUUUACAGUAACCUUACCUUACCUAAAAAUUAAAUACUAAUCACACCAUGCCUUUUCAGGUUCUGUCGCUCCCUGAUGGGUAGUAUAUCGAAGAGUCCGGAGAUGAAUCGCGUGCCCGGCAUCUACAUGCUCUCCAUGAAGGAACUGGGUGACACAGGUAGUCCAGGUUCGCCUAAGCUGGUUUCUUUUUUCUUUUUAAGCGGCUGCAGUGUGACUUCACUGACCUGAGUUUGGGUUUCUAACACGCUUUUUAUGUUUACAAGCUAAUGAUUGAUGUGGUUUUUAAAAAGUUUUGUUUUUGAAAGGGCUUGGAGAAUGGCCGCACGGUGCAAAGAAAUUAAUUUUGCACAGUGCAAAGAAAUUAAUUUUGCACAGUGCAAAAAAUUAGUUUUGCACGGUGCAAAAAUUUAAAAUUGUACUGUGCAAAUUUUCCAAGAACUUUUGGACGGUUUUAAUUGUCUGUUACUAACAGAAAAAAGUGUUUUGUUAUUACUGGGGCUAAAAUAUUUUAAGUUUUAUCAUUAAAAAAUUUCUUACGAGCAAGGCAAUUUAUUUUGCACGGUGCAAUAGAAAAAAGAUUGCAUCGUGCAGAUUUUAAAUUACGUUUUUAAGGAUUUAGGUGGUAUAAUACUAAAAAAAUGACAUUUUUGGUACUACUGGUACACUAAAAAACAUAUUUUUGCUGUUUUAAAACAAAAUUUCGAUUUUUUGGAAAAUUUGUUACCUAAAUUUUUUUUUGAAAAUUUUUGAAAUUUUGUUUAAAAAAUGGUAACAGCAUAUUGUACUUAUUCCAAAAAAUGACAAUAAAAAGUUUUUUUUUGUCAUUUUAAGACAUUAUUUUCGAUUUUUUUAAAAGUUUGUUAUCUAAAAAUGUUUUUUUUGAAAAUUUUUGAAAUUUAGUUGAAAAAUGAUCAUAGAUGGCUAUACAGAAUGAAAAUGACUAAAAAAUAAAAAAUAACCUCUAACACUUUCUAUUUCUGUCGUUUCUAACUGUCACUAUAACACUUUGAUCAACACCCCAAAACCAUUACUAAUAUUAUCACUUCCAGGUGCUAUUCGUCGCCAACGUCGCGUCUUGGACACAUCCUCAACAUAUGUGCGCGGUGAAGAGAACUUGGGCCUAUGGCGACCUCGAGGCGAUUCGCUGAUCUUCGAACAUCAAUGGGAGCUUGAGAAGCUGGCUAAACUACAACAAGUCGAGCGCUUCCGACUGUUCCUACGCCUCAGACACAAGCUCAAGUCUAAAUCCAAGAAGGCAAAUGAUCCACCUACACCACUCAGCCCAUGUGCACCAAAAUGCGCCAUCCCCGACAAGGUGGUACUGAACGAGAAGGAAAAGACCAUCGCGGAGAAGGUGAUCAAGUUGAUCAAGCUGAAGAUCCCCAUGAACAAAGAAUCCCCCACCGGCAAGGCUCCAGAAUCCGUCGAGUCAUCGCUGAGCAACAGUGCCACAUCACCAGUGAACAACAGUACCACCGAGUCCUGUACCAAAGUACAAGCAGCACCAUUAGAUGGUCUAAGCCGGUCAAAGUCGCGCAGUGAUCAUAACUUAGCCGGCCUACUGGUCGAGUCAGACACGAUGAAGCGCUCCAUCAGCGGCUCACAGCUGAACCAAAUUACCACGAGUGUACCAGACGUGACCGAAGAGCGGGUUAGUACCGUGGUCAGCAAGAAAGGCGAAAUGAACUUUUUGGAAGAGAAAACGAAUGGCUGGAUCAAGCGCUACGUCGUGAUCCGACGACCCUACAUAUUGUUGUACAGAGAUAGCAAAGACCUGGUGAUAAGGGGAGUGAUCAACCUGGCCAAUGCACGGAUCGAGUACUCGGAAGACCAACAAGCUAUGCUUAAAGUGCCGAACACCUUCAGUGUUUGCACCAAUCAUCGCGCUUUCUUGAUGCAAACGUUGCCUGAAGACGAUGUAAGGAGGUGUUUUGAAGGUUUUUGGGGUGGUUUGGUUUUACUAUAUGUUAGGGAUAGGUACAGUAGGGCAGGGUAUCUUAUAGUAGGACUAUGUACAAUACGGUAGGGUAAGAUACCGUAAGGUAAGGCAAGUUACAGUACGGUAGGGUAAGGUACCUUAAGGUAAGGAAUUUUUUUACUCACUAAAUUCAUAUCUACCGUGAUCUACCCUACCCUGCUCUGCUUUACCUUAACCUACCUUACCCUACUCUACCUUAGCCUUUACCACUUUACUCUGUCUUAUCCUACUUUACCUUACCCUUGCCUGCUCUACUCAUUAUACACUACCCUGCCUUACACAUGCCCUCUUCAUACCUUAUCUAACCAUAACAUAUACAGUUUGAACAGCAGGCUAAAACAAUAUUGUUGUAGAUUCACGACUGGUUGUACGCGAUCAAUCCGCUAAUGGCGGGUCAAAUGCGCUGCCGCCAACAAGUGGUGCCCACGCCCGUCGCCAACGGCAAUGGAACGGGCGCUUCAUCGUAG